GGAAGGUACUGCCACUGCUGCUGCUGCCAAACCUGGAAAACAACGAAACGAAAUCCCCGACCAUUGCCCGACACUUCGCCGAUUUCUUCACUUUCGGUAUCUUUUCUCUCUGCCUCAUCAUCCCGGGAACGAACUUGCAAGACAUCGCAUCCAAUUGCCCAGCUGCCCAGCAAAGACACAGAAUCAAUCUAUUUUCGCAGACAAAUCCGCCUAUCCGCACCCGAUUCGAGCAAGGCGUUACGAAAUACCUUCCUCGACCUGACUAUCCUGCCCGCACCCGGUGGAUCCCAUCUGAUACAACUUUGCCCCAAAACCCAACCUUGGACGUGUCACAGUGGUACUUUUUCUCCGUCACCAGGUUCCAUUCAAACUCGAUUGCUUGCUGUUUCUCGAGUUUCUUCUGCCACCUGUUCAAACCUCAGACAGCCAGAAUUUCCGAACCACAAAACAAACUCGCCCUCCGAUCGUCCGAGCCAAAACAUCACUAUCUCAGCCCUUUCAUCCAGUAUUCCACUAUUCCGUACCCAACCCCCCGUAUCCAAGCCGUUGCUCUGCCGUACAGUGUACCCUGCGCCCUGCAUCUGUACACACCUACCUAGUGUCUGUAUUCUGCAGCCCGACCGUCCGCUGCAACCACAUCAACCUUCCUGUACGUUUCUGCAACUCCCGGAGCGCCGCGCUGUGAGGACGAGACACUCGGCCAGACCCAAGCGUUGCCGUACGGAGUACAGUACCUUAGUUAACACGUCCAGGUCUUUCUGGGAUAGCUUAGCUCCCGCACCAACCAAGCCCCCCGUCUUUCAUCCCCCAGGUAAGCAGUUGCAGCCCGUUUGUCCCUCACCUCAGCAACAUGUCAUCUUGCGGCUUGCCCUGUUCCUUGACGUCCUAGACGUUUCCCGCCUGAGCUGGAAGUCCCCCCGUCUAUGGAGGCGCAUGUCCGCUUCCCCCUUCCCCUUCCCCUUCCCCGUCGAACCUCGAGGCGUCGGGUGACACGGUGACCCCUCCGGGAGCCCGGGCAGAAGGGGCAUCUCUCACCCCAAGGUCCCAUGCUCCAUGGAAGGUCCCAAAACACCCCGACCAUGCCAGUGACCAAGCUCCCAUUCCCACUGCCCAUCUGGGUCAGGUACGGAGUACUUGGGUCACCUCAGAGGCUCAGACGCCUGGACAAACGGUUGGCGCCUGUAAUCGCAAAGCUUCCCAUUCGCCCGUCUAAAUCGUACCACUAUUUGAUGCCAUAAUAAUAACCACCCCCAGACAGACCCUUUCCUCCCCCCCGCCUCUGACUCGUUCCCCCUUCUCACGAAAGCUCCGACGCUGAAAAUGCCCGGUGAUUCCUCCUCUUCUUCAUCAGCUUCGGCCUCUUCCUCUUCUUCCUCUUCUCCCCAGAACAACUCUACUCUUUUGAGAAUACGCAACAUCGCAUCACACAUCAUGGCGCCCGUUUCAACCACAAACUUCCCCGCCAGCACGGUGCCGCAAGCUCCUGAGGAUCCCCUCUUUGGCUUGAUGGCCGCCUACAGGGCAGAUCAGAGCAAGGACAAGGUCGAUUUGGGAAUUGGAGCUUACCGCGAUGACAAUGCGAAGCCUUGGGUUCUCCCCGUCGUCAAGAAGGCCGACGAGAUCCUCCGCAACGAUCCCGAACUCAACCACGAAUAUGCUCCCAUCGCCGGUAUCCCCCAGUUCACCGGCAAGGCUAACGAGCUGAUGCUCGGCGCCGACUCACCCGCCAUCCGUGAGAAGCGCACCUCCUCCGUCCAGACAAUUUCCGGCACCGGUGCCGUCCAUCUCGGUGCCCUCUUCCUCGCAAAGUUCUACAAGGGCAACCGCACAGUCUACAUCUCCAACCCGACAUGGGCCAACCACAACCAGAUCUUUGGCAAUGUCGGUCUGCCCAUCGCCCAAUACCCCUACUUCUCCAAGGAGACAAAGGGUCUCGACUUUGAGGGCCUCAAGUCUACCCUGUCCUCCGCUCCCGAGCGCUCAAUCAUCCUUCUCCACGCCUGCGCUCACAACCCCACCGGUGUUGACCCAACACAGGAGCAAUGGAAGGAGAUUGCCGCCCUGAUGCGCCAGAAGAACCACUUCCCCUUCUUCGACUGCGCAUACCAGGGCUUCGCCUCCGGCAACCUCGCCCAGGAUGCCUGGGCUGUGCGCUACUUCAUCGAGCAGGGCUUCGAGCUCCUCAUCGCCCAGAGUUUCGCAAAGAACUUUGGCCUCUACGGCGAGCGCGCCGGAUGCUUCCACUUCGUCACCGCCCCGGCCUCCGACGCCGCCGAGACCACAAAACGCAUCGCCUCCCAGCUCGCCAUUCUUCAGCGCUCCGAGAUCUCAAACCCCCCGUUGUACGGCGCCCGCGUCGCAGCUACCGUGCUCAACGACCCCGCGCUCUUCGCCGAGUGGGAAGACAACCUGCGCACCAUGUCCGGUCGCAUCAUCGAGAUGCGCAAGGUCCUGCGCGCCAAGCUUGAGGAGCUCGGAACCCCCGGCACCUGGAACCACAUCACCGACCAGAUCGGCAUGUUCAGCUUCACCGGCCUGUCGGAGACGCAGGUGCUGAAGCUGCGCGAGGAUGCCCACGUCUACAUGACCAAGAACGGCCGCAUCAGCAUGGCUGGUCUCAACACGAGGAAUGUCGAGUACUUUGCCAAGGCGGUUGACAAGGUUGUUCGUGAGACGAAAUGAGAUUGAGGUUUCUUAUGACGUUUUGUAUGAAUGUAAAUGGGUAUACACGGGGACCGGAUAUGUCCCCCCGCAACGGUGUGGCCAGACAGCUGGCAGGAAGUGGAAAGAGGGAAAGAAAAAAAUCCUUAGAUUUCCUAGCACUGGAGUAAUGACCAUCACCUCUUGUUCAUGAUGC